CGAGCGCGGAAGCUCCGGCGCGAGGGGCGGGGCGAGCGCGGGACAAAGGGAAGCGAAGCCGGAGCUGCGGGCGCCUUUUCGGCCCGCGGUGUCUCAGAUUCAUUCUUAAGGAACUGAGAACUUAAUCUUCCAAAAUGUCAAAAAGACCAUCUUAUGCCCCACCUCCCACCCCAGCUCCUGCAACACAAAUGCCCAGCACACCAGGGUUUGUGGGAUACAAUCCAUACAGUCAUCUCGCCUACAACAACUACAGGCUGGGAGGGAACCCGGGCACCAACAGCCGGGUCACGGCAUCCUCUGGUAUUACGAUUCCAAAGCCUCCAAAGCCACCAGAUAAGCCGCUGAUGCCCUACAUGAGGUACAGCAGAAAGGUCUGGGACCAAGUAAAGGCUUCCAACCCUGACCUAAAGUUGUGGGAGAUUGGCAAGAUUAUUGGUGGCAUGUGGCGAGAUCUCACUGAUGAAGAGAAACAAGAAUAUUUAAAUGAAUACGAAGCAGAAAAGAUAGAGUACAAUGAAUCUAUGAAGGCCUAUCAUAAUUCCCCUGCAUACCUUGCAUAUAUUAAUGCAAAAAGCCGUGCAGAAGCUGCAUUAGAGGAAGAGAGUCGACAGAGACAGUCUCGCAUGGAGAAAGGAGAGCCUUACAUGAGCAUUCAGCCUGCUGAGGACCCAGAUGAUUAUGAUGAUGGCUUUUCAAUGAAGCAUACAGCCACCGCCCGUUUCCAGAGAAACCACCGCCUCAUCAGUGAGAUCCUCAGUGAGAGCGUGGUACCUGAUGUGCGGUCGGUUGUCACAACAGCUAGAAUGCAGGUCCUCAAGCGACAGGUCCAGUCUUUAAUGGUUCAUCAGCGAAAACUAGAAGCAGAACUUCUUCAGAUAGAGGAACGACACCAGGAGAAGAAGAGGAAGUUCCUGGAAAGCACAGAUUCCUUUAACAAUGAACUGAAAAGGUUAUGCGGUCUGAAGGUGGAGGUCGACAUGGAGAAAAUUGCCGCUGAAAUUGCACAGGCAGAGGAACAGGCCCGCAAAAGGCAGGAGGAGAGAGAGAAGGAGGCAGUGGAGCAAGCCGAGCGCAGUCAGGGCGGCAUCGCCCCUGAGGAAGAGCAAGUGGCAAACAAAGCCGAGGAGAAGAAGGACGAGGAGAACAACCCCAUAGAAACAGAGGAGACACAUCUGGAAGAGACGACCGAGAGCCAGCAGAACGGGGAGGAAGGCACGUCCACUCCUGAGGACAAAGAGAGUGGGCAGGAGGGGGUGGACAGCCUGGAGGUGGAAGGGACCAGUGACAGUAACACUGGCUCAGAGAGCAACAGUGCGACAGUGGAGGAGCCGCCCACAGACCCCAUGCCAGAAGACGAGAAGAAGGAAUGAGUGUCGCAUUGUCUGUGUGUCCGCAAACUUUUUUAAAUGAAAAAAAAAAAAAAAGUUGUUUUUUUUUUUUGGUUUUCAUGGUGUUGUGUGGUCUGUGUAUUAAUUAUUUCCUUUUCCAUCAAUACCACCAUAGUGUUUUCAACCAUCAACAUCGUAGCUAAUGACAGGCACGUACCUUUCUUAGCUUUUUGGGAAUGGCUCUUUCCUUUGGAUACUGUUGGUAGCUCUCAACUUCUGAAGCCUCAGAACUAAGAUUAAUCGAGAAGACACCCAGCUCUUUUCGAGAAUUACCUUUGAUGCUGCAGAAUCUACUCUUACAAAUGCCUUCCUUCAUCUCACUUGGGUGCUCCCCAAAGCCAUAGCUUUAAACCUUCCUGGCCCCGUCUUGUGUACUUGUACAGAGGACCUUUUGGAAAACAUUCUGUGAGUAUGUUUGUUCACUUACCCUUUUUUGUUUCUAAUGUCAGAUACCAGGAGUUCUCUUACAGGGUAGACUGUAGCCUGAAACUAACUACACAUAGAUCGGACUGGUGCAGAGAUGUCUCCAUGGUGGAGUAGUUGCUGGUGUGAAUAGUCCUUAAAGUGAGCACAGCGCAUGUACAUUAUCUAUAGUGAUUUCAUUCUAGGUAAUAUGGGAUGUGUUCUGGGAAACUCAUCCUUACUGUACAGGGGAAAGAAAUACUUUUUACCAGGUUGGUUUUCCAAAGAUAUGGAAGAUAAGAAAUGGAAUGUUCUUUUGGUUUUUUGAGACAGGGUUUCUCUGUGUUUCUUUGGCUAUCCUGGAACUCUCUCUGUAGACCAGGCUGGCUUUGAACUCAAAGAUCUGCCUGCCUCUGCCUCCCAGUGCUGAGAUUAAAGGCGUGAGCCACCACACCCAGUGGAAUGGAAUAUUCUUAUAAAACAAACUUCAAAAUGAUUAUCCCAUUCCAGAAUAAAAACAGGAAUGAAGUUUAUCCACUUGAACAUAUUUUGCAGUGAUGAAAACCCCAAGGCUUGAGAUUCCAUAGAUCAGAGCCUACCUUUUUGAUAAGCCCUUAGUAGACUUAGAGACCAGAAACAAAAUAGUUGUUUGUGGUGUAUGCUUCCUAAAACCUAGAAUAGAUUUUUACUGAAUAGUGGUAUAUAUGAUGGUAUAUGUUUCUUAAAGAUCCAAACAUAAUAAAGAAAUGAAGACAAAG